AUGGCAGGGAAAAUGUUUUUUUUUAAACAUAUAGUAUUUCUUAUAAUUUUUUUCGUUAAAACAUGUUAUUGUAUUUUUGAAAAUUGUGAUUAUUAUCAAGAUUUACAACCGAAUAAAAUUUAUCAUAUUUUUUCACCUGGUUAUCCCGAAAAUUAUGUACCAGGUACGAAAUGCCGAUGGUAUGCAGUUGCUCCUGUUCAAAAUAAAAUUUCUCUUCAAUGUGAAGUUGUUAAAAUUCCCGUCAGUGAUAACUGCAGACAGGAUAAAUUUGCUGUGUCUCUUGAAGGAAGAAUCGAUUUGAAAGAUGUUAAAUUUUACUGUGGGGAAGGAACAUUAAACGUUACCUCGGUUGGAAAUAAAUUAAACGUUAUCCUUUGGUCUGUAACUAACCAAGUGGGGUCACUUUUUUGUACCGUAAAAAUAAUUCAAAACGAGUCACCAGUUAAAAAAUGUAUUUGUGGUCAAAGAAAUUCGGUUAGAAUAGUCGGAGGAGUUGAAACAGGAGUAAAUGAAUACCCGAUGAUGGCCGGUUUAGUAGAUGGUAAUUUAAGAGUUUUGUUUUGUGGUGGAACAAUUAUAUCUAAUUUUUACGUAGUGACAGCAGCUCAUUGUGUUUGGGACAGGCAAGCUCGAAGUUUAGCCGUAUUGGUUGGGGAUCAUGAUAUCUCAGUAGGGAAUGAUACGGACAGUGCCAAACUUUAUCGUGCUUCUUCGAUAAGGGUUCAUCCACAAUACGACACGGCAAAUCAGAAAAACGAUAUAGCUUUAGUAAAAAUUAAAAAUAAAAUUUCUUUUAACAUGCGAGUAGGUCCAGUAUGCCUACCAUUUAAAAAUAUCGAUAAUACAUUUGUGGGGGAAAAAGUGUAUGCUUUAGGUUGGGGAGCAACAAGUUUUGGAGGACCGACUUCAAACAAAUUACUUCACGUUCCUUUAGAUGUCAUUUCCGUAAAACAAUGCAGGCCUUCGUACGGUGAUUUGGUAUCGAAACGACAAAUUUGUACUUAUGGAGAAAACAAAGAUUCUUGUCAGAGUGAUUCUGGUGGCCCAAUUUUAUGGACCGAUCCAAGUACGGGUGCAUUAAACCUUUUGGGUUUAGUAAGUUACGGGAUUCAAUGUGGGACAACACAUCCGAGCGUUAAUACAAGAGUUUCAUCUUAUUUAAAAUGGAUUCAAACAGCAACAGGAGAAGAAUAUUGCGUUCUUUAA